GCAGUAAUUCAGGAACGUCUCACGCUCUGUCUUUGUUUUUCAACCAUCCACCUACACUACCUAUGCAACACCUUUAACCAAGCGUAACAUCAGAACCAACCAUGAACUCAAAGUCACUGCGUCGCCUCGCAGCUGACCACGGCUCUCUCCACACCGCCGGUCUCCCGCCAAACUACCUCUUCCCGCCCACAUCGUCCUCCGAUUCCCUCACCGCCCUCGACGUCCUACUCGCCGGGCCGCUUGGCACACCCUAUGCCUCAGGCGUCUGGCACCUCCACCUCGACAUCCCACCCACCUACCCCGCUGCACCUCCUACGGCCACAUUCCGCACACGGUUAUGGCACCCGAAUAUCGAAGAAGCGACGGGCGUGGUGUGUGUGGAGACCCUGAAGCGGGACUGGAAGAGUGAACUCAAACUUCGGGAUGUGCUUGUUACUAUCUCGUGUUUGUUGAUUCAGCCGAAUCCGGCAAGUGCGUUGAAUGAGGCUGCUGGGAAACUGGCGGGAGAGGACUGGGAUGGGUAUUGUAGGAGGGCGCGGCUGAUGACAAGUAUUCAUGCGGGUGUGCCGGCGAGUCUGGCCGAUGGGGUUAGAGAGGCGCAGGGCAGAGGAGAGGAUAAGCAUGAUGCGGGUGAGAUAAAGAAGGAGGACGUGGGUAUAAAGGCUGAGGGGAAGGGGAAGGAGAGGGUGAAGGUCACCCCGGUGGUGGCUGCGAAGGCCCAACGCCUACCCGCGGACGACGAUGCAGAAAACACACAACAACGAGGAACCGCAGAACCCGAGAGCGACGAGAGUGACUGGAUUCCCGGCCCCACAGCAGCACGCCGCAAUAAUAACAUCUUCGGCAUCAAAGGCCUAGCCCUCGACUCCCCUCCAAGACGCGGCCUCCCCCCAACCACCAAACCCACACGCGCAGACGAACAAGAAACACCCGAUAACACCGACCCCUUCACAACCAUAACCUCAAAACACAAACCCAUAUCCUUCGACCUGCGCAUCCCCCCUCCCUCCCCGAAACCCGCCAACCAGCUCCAACAACAAGAACAACACCCCACAACAGACACACCCGAGCUCCUCAAAUUCUCCCACCAGAACCCCUUCUCGGCCAUCCAGCCAAACAACCAGACUCAUCCCCUCUUGAGGGAAUUCUCAUACUCGUGGGAAGAAACGAGCAUCUUGCAUGAUGUUGGCAUGGGCUCUGCGAAACACGACUUGCGGAAGAGGGUUGCGGGCGACGAGUUUGAGCAGAAGCGCAGUUGGGAGAUGAAGAGGUUUAGGAAGGCGGGGUUUGAUCUGGGGAGGUAUAAUCGAGGGGAUUUUGGGCCGAGGGUGGGGAUUGGGAGACUGUGA